CUACAAGAAGGCAAUAUGAUCAGCUUCGAGCGGCCCCCUCCAUUAGCAGUGAUGGUUCCUGGGAGAGAAACUCCCUCUGUGGCCAUCAUGCCUUUGAGAAAUACCCACCACCAGCAACUGCAUCACAGAAGGAGAACCAAGAGGAUGGAGAAGGGGAAACCUGGACUGCGCUCCAAGAAAUUGUCCAUUCUGUCCCGGUCGCUCAUCAUCUGCAGCUCCAGUACCAAUGAGGAUGGGUCCAGCCCAGAGGAGAGGUACUGUGAGGCCUGGGAUGGUGGUCUUGAUGAGGGAUACUACAAAGAGCCAUUAGAAGGGUCUCUUGGAAAUUCUGAAAAAUAUAUAACAAGGAGCAUCAGUGUACAGGCCCCUUUGCAAGCGUCUCAGCAGGGACUCAAAAGACCAAUGAGGAGGUCCUUCUCCAUCAAGGAAAGCAGUUUCUGGAGAAUGUGUGUCGCCACACGCGAGGAGGGCCUACAAGGAGGUGAUAACAAACUACAGUCUGGCAACAAUGGUGGUGCUGUUGCUCAAGAUUUACACAGGGACACUUAUAUCUACUUUGGAGACAAGCUUGCCCCAUUUAACGGACUGGUUAUAAACGAUCACACAAAACCAGAAUCUGAUGCAGAGAGAAAAUGCGCCCUGAAGACCAUCCAUACCACCAGUACUGAAGAGUUCUCUCCUCAUGAAAACAGAGCUCUGUUCACAAAUAUCAAUGAAUCAGACAAGCUUGGCUACAGUUGUGGAAUAAAGGAGACAACUGGAAACAACAAUAACUUGAAGAUGCCAAUUAUUCAGGUGUCAGAAGAUGACAGCAAGAACUCUAAAAAUGAGAGCGAGGAUCCGAACUGUCAAGAGACGUCCUGCAAGAGAUCUCGUUCCAACUCCACCAGCGUUCACCCAUACUGGAUCGGAGACUUGGAUACCAUCAUUAUGAAGACGCCAGAGCUGUUCCAGUGUCACGCCCACACCACCGCAGGCUUUUACGGCAAUAGGAAGUCUCUCUCCCAGCAGCUGGAGUUCCCUCACAACAUUCCACAGGCUGUGGUUAGACCAUCUCGCUCUCUAAGUUCUGCACACUUGGUCCACUCCUGUAGUAGUGUACAGGCCUUCAUCAUUUCCAACAUCGUCCUCAUGAAGGGCCAUGGCAAGGGCCUGGGAUUUAGUAUAGUAGGAGGUAGAGACAGCAUGUAUGGCCCGAUGGGGAUUUACGUCAAGACCAUCUUUCCUGGAGGAGCAGCGGCCAGUGAUGGACGUCUACAGGAAGGAGACGAGAUAUUGGAAUUGAACGGUGAAUCUCUGCAUGGCUUGACACAUGAACAUGCCUUACACAAGUUUAAACAAGUGAAGAAGGGUUUGUUAACGCUGGUGGUGAGGACCAGUUUGCGGGUGGGCGCCUUGCCUGGCAGCCAAGGACAGGUGUCUCAGUUAUGCCGAUCCAGAUCUCUGAGCUCCAGCACCAGUAUAAGCCGAGCCAGUGCUGACCUGGGGGACUAUAACUGCCUCAACAACUCAUCAAAGCCCCAGGACAGAGUCAUGAUGGAGAUCACUUUGCAAAAGGAGUUUGGUGUAGGUCUAGGUAUUGGCUUGUGCUGCAUACCUUCUGCUGGGGGCUUCCCUGGAAUCUACAUACACACCCUGUCACCAGGUUCAGUGGCCCACAUGGAUGGACGUUUAAGAUGUGGGGAUGAGAUCAUGGAGAUUAAUGACACGGUGGUUUGCAACAUGACACUAAACGAUGUUUACACAGUUCUUAGUCAGUGCAGCCCAGGCCCGGUUCAGAUCAUCAUCAGUCGGCAUCCUGACCCAAAAGUUUCUGUUCAGCAGUUAAAUGAGGCUAUUGCUCAGGCGGUGGAGCACAGCAAACUGAGAAGAGACACGAGUCAGUGGAGUAUGGAUGGAUGUAAUAGCAGUCUAAGGAGAUCAGAUGCCUGUUCCCACAGCAGACAAAAGUGUGUCCGCUGUCUAGAGCGGAGCACGAGCCAGCUGACUUGUAGACGAGCACAGAAACCCAUGAUCCGAUCCUGCAGCGAGGGUGCUUAUAGCCAACGCGGUAUACCAACCAGUGCCAACACUCAAUCCUCCCUACAACCUGAGCAUGUGGCCAGAGUACAGAGCAUGGAUGCCUCUUUCACAUUCAACAGUGAAGCUUCACUUAAUAGCAGACUGUCUCCAGCCUCAUACACUGACGACAGCUAUAACAUUCCCUAUAAAAGUUCAGAGAAUUGCAUUGGACAACAACCAUUGGAUGUGGCUACAUGUGUGGUGAGGAGUUCUAGGCAAGGACCAACAACCCAGCCACAGAGGUACAGCAGACGACAGGAAGUCACCGUACAAGAAACAGUGACUGAUUCAAGCAGCUUGAGUCAAGGUUCACCAGUGAAAGAGGAAGAUCUUCUGCCUUCUCAAAGCAACUGCCAGGAAGUGGGUGAACGCUUAGAAGUCGGAACUAAAGUUUCUGUCUGUAUCUCUGAGCCUAAGCCUGCAAGUGAUACAACACAUAGAGGGGGCCGAGAGCACAGAGGUCCAGAGUUCCCUUUCCACGUGUGUAGUCCAAGUAAACAGGUUGGUCUGAGACGUCAGACUUGUGUGGAGGUCAGCACAGCUCAGCAACUUGACCCCUGGGUGAAGCUCACUGACAGCCCAGAGAACCAGUCCUACUGUUCUAAAACCAUGAGUGACCAUAAUGGGGAUAAUGAAGUUAAUGGCACAGCCUCUGAAACCACGAACAUCACCUCAGACUCUAAAUCUGACCAACCUCCCGAUGUUAAAAAAGGGCCCCCAGUGGCUCCAAAGACUGCAUGGGCACGCCAAAGCCUGAAGAUCAUCAAGUCUGGGAAACCAAUAACAGAGGCUUUGAAACAUCCGCAUAACCGGAGCCAGGAUACUAGCAGAACCUUUGGGAUUAGUCUAAGGGCUGCUUCAUCAGGAGCCAAUUUGUCAAUCAGGCAGAAGAUCAGCUCAUUUGAGACAUUUUCAAAUGCAGAGGAAGCAGAAAGACCAAGCAGGCGUCUGGCCCCAACUUCAUCUCUUCCUGUAAUGGAGAAGACGUCUAAAACACAAUCUGCAGACAACAGCAAUGCAGGGGGAACCAAGGUUAUCAUGAGCACCUUACAAAAUAAUGAUAACUGCCAGUCUCCAUCAACAGUUUCAGCAACCACUCAGCCUUCAGAGGAAGAAAAGAAAUCAGCUUCCCUCAGUUCAAAUAUAAUUUCAGAGCACAGUUGUGCAGAGGAAGAAAAACAAUCAACUUCUCUAGGUUCAAAUAUUAUUUCAGAGCCUGGCAAGCCAAUCCCUGUUGAAGAACCCACUCAUGACUCCACAGCCAUCCCAAAAGAAAUUCCACCUGCUGCUGAGACUGAGCAGGAACCCAUGUCUUCUCAAGAUCAUUCUCCCCCAACAAGCCAUGUCCCACGGAGAUCAAGCAGCUCAAAAGAGGGUCCCCCAGAAAAGCCAAGUUCAUCUGAAGGUGCUGACACUCAUGCAGUGAGCUUGAGAACCCGGAGCCUACCUCUUAGUCCCUCUUCAGAUGCCCGCAAUCAAUGCGGCUUGGAAGGGGAGAGCCUGAGCAUCAUCUUGUCUUUCAGCAACCAGGUGUCCAAUGCUUUGAUGCGGUCCAUGCAGUCCCUGCCUCAGUCCCCUUGCGUGAGGUUUGGAAACCCCUGGAGUGCCCCACCAGGAUCACCUCUUCAUAACCCUGUAGAGGAAGACUCUGCUGAGAAGCCCCCACCUUCUUCAGGGCUAGAGAACAAUGAGAGGGGUUUCUCUGUAAGCUUGGCUGAACUGAGAGAGUGCACUAUUGAGAGAGGAGAGGAGUGCGAGAAGGAAGAACGUAAACCCGAACGACCCCUCACUUCAGCCUCGGCAGUCUGUGCCCAAUCUGUGAUCUCAGUCCUGCCUCCACAGGAGAUCCAGCAGAUGAUUCAGGAAGUCAAGGAUCUGGAUGAAGACACGCUAAGGCAACUGGAAGACAUCCAUGUUGUGAUUCUACAUAAAGAUGAUGGAGCUGGCUUGGGUUUCAGCAUUGCUGGAGGUAUUGAUCUGGAGAACAAAGCAACUACAGUUCACAGGGUUUUCCCCAAUGGCCUGGCUGCUCAGGAGGGCACAAUAGAGAGAGGAGAUGAAGUGUUGUCCAUUAAUGGGCAAACACUAAAAAAUGUCACACACAGUGAUGCCACAGCUAUACUCAGGCAAGCUCGCACCAUGAAGCAGGCGGUGGUGGUGGUAAGCAAGAAUAAAGAUGCAGAAGGGAAAGGAAGUGCUAACGUUAAUGAAUCUAGCUGCAGCAGUGGAGCAGAGAGCAGCUUCACAGGUGAUGAUGAAGGUGAAGUUGUAACUAUCGAGCUGGAGAAGAACGCAGGUGGAGUCGGAUUCAGUCUUGAGGGAGGAAAAGGCUCCAUUAAUGGAGACAGACCAUUGACCAUCAACAGAAUAUUUACAGGGAGUGAUGCUGAGCAAAAGUGUCUUAAGUCUGGUGAUGAGGUACUGCAGAUUCAAGACUCAUCUCUGCAGGGUCUUACACGUUUCGAGGCCUGGACGCUCAUCAAAGGUCUCAACGAUGGUCCGUUUACUGUUGUCAUUAAGCAAAAAAGAUGUGAGCAGUGCUAAAUACUACUCAAAAGCACUAGUAAACCCCCGCAUCACACCAGACAUAGUGGGAUAUUCCAGUUAACUUUAAAUUAUGCAAAACUUUACAUUUCAAGCCUUAAAAAGAAAAUAUCAUAACUUGCUAAAAUGUCUGUACACAGUGCACAUUGAAAUCUUCUUUGAAGAAUGGUUCCCACACUUUUUGACCAAUUAAUUCAUCAUUACUGGAAAAAAAAUUAAAAAUAGAUAUUGCAGGGAUUUAAAUUCUUUUUUUAUUUUUGAGAAAUCAAGAGAUUUUUUUUAGAGCUGAGCAUAACAAGAAAUAAUUAUGUUAAAAUUAGUUACUGCAUUGUGUAUUGUAAGCAUAAAUUAAUGAACAACAUUUUUUAUAGCAUUUAUUCAUCUUGGAUAAUUAAUAAUGCAUUAAUUAGUAUUUAAAAUAUAUUUAGAAAUUAACAUUUAUAAAUAAAUGCUCUAAAAGUGUUUUUCAUUGUUAUUUCAUGUUCAAUAACAAUUGUAAGUAACGUUAAUGUACUGUAUACCUUAUUGUAAAGUGUUUUGUAAAAGCCUAGAAAUCACAAUUUUAAUAUUCCCAGAUAUUUCCAGGUUUUCCUUGAGUCAUUUAGUUGUCUUGGACUGUAUUUGCUUAAUUUUGCCAUUAAAGGGAAAGUUCACCCAAAAAUGAAAAUUCUCUCAUUAUUUACUCACACUCAUGAUAUCCCAGGUGUGUAUGGCUUUCUUCACCAGAACACAUUUGAAGAAAAAUAGAAAAAUAUCUUAGCUCAGUAGGUCCUAAAAAUGCAAGUGGAUGGUGAUUUCUCAUUUGAAGCUCCAAAAAUCACAGACAGUCAGCAUAAACAUCAUCCAUACGACACCAGUUGUUAAAUUAAAGUCUUCUAAAGCAACACGAUCGCUUUUGGUGUGAAAAAGAUCAUUAUUGAAGUAAUUUUUAACUCUAAAUAAUGCUUCAGUUCUGCAGCAGUACGCGUGUGUGAUGUAAUCGCAUUGGCACUUGAGACACGCGAGAACUGACGCACAUGCGUCACAGCUGGGAGAGCAGCGCUGUUUACAAGUGAGAAGGAGGAAUGCUGUACAUAAGCUUGGUUGGCUUUGGUUUAGAUCUGUAUUUAUCUGUUUCUUUAAUCACAGUGGUGCAUUUGUGUGCUUUUCCUGGAUGUCUCAACUGAGUGGAGAAAGUGAGAUUACCUCUGUAUCAUGGCAACGCUUAGACUCCACCCUUUCGUGAAGCUUACUCAAAGCGUUGGAUUAUAGUUAAAAAGUACUUAAAUAUUGAUCUUUUUUCAAACAAAAAGUGAUUGUAUCACUGUUGAAGACAUUAAUUUAACUGCUGGAGUCGUAUCGAUGAUGUUUAUGCUGACUGUCUGUGGUUUUUGGAGCUUCAAAAGAGAAAUCUCCAUUUACUUGCAUUUUAAGGACCUACUGAGCUAAGAUAUUUUUCUUACAAUGUGUUCUGGUGAAGAAAGAAAGUCAUACACAGAGAAUUUUAAUUUUUGAGUGAACUAUCCCUUUAACACCUUUUGACAGUUGUGUGACUCUUGAUGUUGAUGUUGAUGUUGAUGUUAAUCAACGAUGUGCAUGAGUUACUACAUGAUCAGAAAAACAUACUUUAUGUGCAGAAUUUUAUGGUACUGUGUUGCCAUUGCACUUUUUACUGUCACAAUCAGGGAUUGCUAAAAACAUGAUUCUUGUCAAGUCUGCCUGUUUUGAUGCUAAUAUUUGCACAACCCUGUAAAUAAAUAUAUUUGUAAACCAUUU